AUGUCUACAUUCAUUAUACACCGCUUCCGCUCCUCACUGUUACGACGCGCCUUACAUACGACUGCAAUUCGGCAUGUCGACCGUCCAACGGUGUUCACAAACAUGCUUGCAGGGGAUAUUCCACCCCCCGUGCAAGUUAAUUCCAUAACAUCGGCAGGUAUCCAGCUAGCAGACGGGCUUAUCCUUCCAUCUGCAUGCAUCUUCCUGGACGGUAAGGUCUUUUUGUGGAACGUUCCCUCGCAUCUAUGGGAUGGCUGGGGUCGCGAGCAUUUGAGUGUAUUUGAGACUGCUGUCCCAAAACCAGAAAUAUUGGUGUUUGGCACUGGGAGACGGAUGGAGCUUCCACCUCCGAGUAUAAGAGGCUACCUGAAAGAAAUGGGAAUACAACUUGACAUUAUGGAUACAAGAAAUGCGUGCUCGACGUAUAACUUGCUCGCGGAAGAGGGCCGGCGGGUAGCUGCUGCAUUGCUCCCAUACACCCCGCGCCCAUGGCGGUCAUGA